CUGUUUCUGACGUCUCUAAUUUUUAUUUAUUAUUGAUCAAAGAUCAAAAUUUUGAGUAGUUAAAAGUGAAUUAGUAAAAUUCUGACUAAGUAAUCAACAUUUUAUAACUAGAACAAACAACCAAUAUAACUAGCGAUAGGAAAAACAAUCGCAACUAUAAUAUUAAUGGUUUCUUGGCAAACAAAUUGCCUCCAAAGAUCAUAUGCUUAUGUAGGUGUUUUUAAAGGCAGCUAUAAAAUCACUCCAAUCAGUUAUGUUAUGUUAAAAAGAAAUGUUACAAUUAUAAUUUACAACAUAUACUUACAUUAAAAAUUUAUAGUGUUUAAAUAUGAGUGGGCCUUCACAAUCCAAUAUAUCUCCAUUUCAACGAAGCCAGUCUGCAGACUUUGCAUUUCCUCAACCUCGGCAUAGUCUAUUUAUGGCUCAUUCAAGCAGCACCUUACCUUCCAUGUCUUCACCAAUAAGUUUCCCUAGGAGAACAGUUGAAGGGGCAAGACAACUUCGGGAUAGCUUUAAUAGUGCUAUGCGACAAAUAGAACCUUUAGUGGAAACAGCAAGAAGUGUUAGACAGAAUGCUAUUACUCUUAGUGAACUAUUGUCAGGGCCUUCCACUUCAGAGGGAAGUGUAAAUUCACCUGUAAAUGCUCAGGAACAUAAUCCACCAACAUCAGUUAGUUAUGUUUCUAUAAAUUUAGAAGGUGCAUCUACAAAUGAACAAUCAACUCAAAAUAGUAGCAACAACAAUCAUGAAGAGCACAAUCGUCAAAGGGAAAAUCAGCCAUUUGGGAACAAUGCUGACAAUGACAUCGAAAUGGGAGAAAACCCUGUGGAGAGGGUAAAUGUAAAUAUAAAUCCACUUGAGACUCAACAAGCAUUAGAAGUAAUAUUGAAAUAUGUCCCGUUUCUUCUUAUUCUAUUAGCAAAAGCAGUUUACGAUUUUCACGAAGGAAUUUUUAUACUUGUUAUUCUGUUUGGUACCUUCUGUCAUGCUAACACCACAGUAAAACAUGAGGCGUUAAAAAGGGCAAGAAGAAGCAUAUGGGUCCUAAGUGUAGAGAUGUGCUACAUUUUUGUCUGCAUUUUGUCCAUUCAUUAUUUGUUUGAGGAUGACCUGCAUAACUUUAAUAUCGUAUUUAAUUUGGUGUUGAUUAGAACGUUUAAUCAUCCCUUGACUGUACUUAAUUUAUUGUGGAUUGUUACGAUUACAGAUUUCACUUUGAAACUUAUAACAGUUAUGAUUAAAAUAUUCUUGACAAUGAUGCCUGGAAGAGUGAUUGAAUUCAAGAAAAGAGGAAAGAUUUAUUUAUUUAUUGAAGCAGUGUCUCAGCUGUAUAGAGGUAUUGCUACUAUACAGCCCUGGUUAUACUACUUGUUAGAAUCUUACCAAGGCCCGGAAAAGAUUGUGGCUGUAUUCCUCUCUGCCUUUUAUAUGAUCUCAAAGGGGUCAGAUUUGAUGUUUAAAGUUAGGCUUUUGAAGACUGCUUCCUUUAAAUUACUUCAAACUGUAUCUCUGGGUACUUCCCCAAGCAAAGAACAGAUCCAAACAGCGGGGGACCACUGUCCAAUCUGCCACGAUAACUACGACACUCCAGUUUUACUGCAAUGUCGGCACAUUUUCUGUGAGAGCUGCGUGUCAACUUGGUUCGAUAGGGAACAGACUUGUCCUUUAUGUCGCGCCAAGAUUGUCGAUGACCCUUCGUGGAGGGACGGUUCAACAUCUUACUUUAUUCAGCUGUUUUAGAUUAGAGAGAGACGGGAUGGAUCUACCGCUUGUUAUAUUCAACUUGUGUAGAGUAUCUUAAUUCAAGUGAUUGCUGAAGUUGGUAUCGUAUUGACAUUUGAAGUGAUAUAUGUAAAUAUUUAAGACUUAAAAUUGAUUGUAGGUUGAUUUACGAAAACGUGAAAAUUCAAUUAUAUUUAUAUUUAAAAGUUUAUUGUUUGAAUUCAAAUUGAGAAUGUUUUAAAAGACUGAACGAUUUUUUAGGUGCAAAUUUUUGGUCGAUGCACAUAAGUUUAUUUUAGAUAAAUUUUUAUUGUACUCCACUAAAUAUAUUUGUAAUUGACGAUAAUCUGAUACUUUCUUUCAUAUGUUACAGAAUCCAUAAAGCUUUUAAAAAAGACAUGUAUAUAAGAAGAAUAUUUUACACUAGAGCUUUGAGUUAACAGGCAUGUGUCCUAUAUAUAUUUUAAUGUUGUGAAGGGGAAGUGUUAGGCGUCAGGUUAUAUUCAUGUGAUUUGUUUAAUGGUGAAGAAAUAAAUGUUCCAGUAUCGUAUUGUUA